AUGGCUUCUUUGAAGGAUUUAACCAUGAACUUUGUGAAGUUGGAGAGGUUUGAAGGCGGAAACUUUCUAAGAUGGCAAAAGAAGAUGAAAUUUCUCCUCGUUACAUUGAAGGUGGCGUAUGUUCUCACUACUUCCAAACCCGAAGAAAUAGAAGGAGAGACCGUUGCGGAAAUUAGAGAAAGGCAAAAGUGGGAAAAUGAUGAUUUCAUUUGCAUUGGACAUAUUCUCAAUGGGCUUAGUGAUGCACUUUUUGAUGUUUAUCAAGACUCAAUCUCAACAAAAGAACUUUGGGAGAAACUAGAAGCAAGGUACAUGCAAGAGGAUGCAACAAGUAAGAAAUUUCUUGUGAGUCGUUUUAAUAACUUUAAGAUGAUUGAUGGAAAAUCUAUCAUGGAACAAAUGCAUGAAAUUGAACAUAUUUUGAAUAACUUCAACCAACAUAACAUGCAUAUGGAUGAGUCUAUCAUUGUCUCCUCAAUUAUAGACAAGCUUCCUCCAUCAUGGAAAGAUUUCAAAAAGAAUCUCAAGCAUAAAAAGGAAGAUAUAUCUCUUGAGCAAUUAGGAAAUCAUCUUCGCUUGGAAGAGGAGUAUAGAAAACAAGAUGAUACAAAAGAUAUCAAGGCUCAUGAGAAAGUACAUGUAUUGGAAGAAGGGGAGUCCCACAAAAACUCCAAGAAAAGGAAAAAGUACAAUGGAGAGUUACAUGCACAAGAUGGCCGCAAUAACAAGAAAAAGAAAGAAGUUGUUUUCUUACAGUAA